UCACGGGGCGUGGGGUUGCCCAGGGGCCAUACGGUGUGGGAGGGAGGAAGUGAAAGAAACUCCGCGUGGCUGAGCUGCCAGAUGGGGGCGGGCAGUGAUGGCAGACGGGCCUCAGGUGCCACGCAGGUGGGCCUGGACCCUGUUCAGGGAUAGUAAGGGGCCAUGGAAGGUUUUCAUCUGGGUGGUGACCUGGUCACAGUCACCGGUGGAAAGAACCUCCAGUUGCUGUGAAGAGGAUGAGCGGAGGCCAGCAGAGAAGCAUUCUAGGCCCUUCCCGGGUGUGUGUGUGGCGGGAAGGCCAUUUAAGAGGCCCGUGUCGCAGGGCAGGAUUGGCAGGGGUGGCUUGGGAGGGUCUCAGGGUAGUGUCGGUGAAAGGCCAGGGUCCUACUUGGGACUUUCUGGGACUCAGCUACACCGCAAGGAGCCUGGGUGGCUCUGAGGACCCUCCCAGCCCAACGGCCACGGUGGCUGCCCCUCUCAGGGGAUCUCUUCAAGUGCCACCUUCCCCCUCCUGUCCCACUCCUUGCUUCCCUCCGGGGUGCCAGAGCCCCUGGCUAUACGGGCCCCAGGAGCUGCUGGGGGGCUCCAGAGAAGCCUGGGGCUUCUCUGCACGUCGGCCCGAGUCACAGUGAGCGUUCCAACGGUAGUUCGGCAGGAAUACGUGAGCACCUGCUGGGUGCCAGGCCCUGGGCACUGGCACGCAGGCAGAGGGCAAGACAGAAUGUCUGCUGUCGUGGAGCUCGCGCUCCAAUGGGGAGGCAGACACUGAACCUAUAUGUGCAAUAGAUGUCAUAACAAUUACAUAUAGUGGAAAGUACCAUGAAGAAACGUGAGGUAGGAAAGGGAAAUGGAGAGAGAGAGAGAGAGAGAGUGUGUGUGUGUGUGUGUGUGUGUGUAUCCAGGGCUGGGAAUUCUAAAUGGAGUGAGAACAUGAGAUUUGAAGAGAGCCCCGAAGGUGAGGAAGCAAGCCUUGUGGCCAUCUGGGGGAAGAGAAAGCCAGGCCAGGAGAACAGGCAGUGCAAAGGCCCUGGGGAGGAGUGGGCGUGGUUUGUUGAGGAACAGCAAGGAGGAGGGUGUGGCUGGAGCAGCGCCAGGGAAGGGGAGGCAAGCAGAAGCUGAAGUCAGAGGCGUGUGCUGGGGCCACAUCAUGCAGUGGUUUGUGGGCCAUCGUGAUGACUUUGACUUUGACUCCCAAGAGAGAUGGGGGCCACGGGAGGGUCCCGAGGCAGAAGUAACAUGAGUGACCUAACACACUCUGUGGGGGAAACUGAGGCGCAGUACAGUUACCCGAUCUACCGGAAUCGGAGGUAGUGAGUGGAACCGCCAUCAACCCGGGUCCAGGCACUUGCGUUUCUCGGGGCCCGUGGGAAGGUAUCAGAGGCUGAGCUGAGGCUGUGAGGUGUGUCCCUCAGAAAGCUCGAGAAACCAGGGCUUGCCCUCAUUUGUCCCUGCGGUCAUACUGGGUACUGCUAAUGAGAAUUGAUAAGGUGCUGCAUCUGAGGUCACAGGGCGUCUUCCCGCCCUGUCCUCUGUGCUCCUCACCCCCCCCCCCCAACUGCCUCCCUGUGGGUGGUAACAGAUGAGGAAGUGCGGGCUAACAACGAAUGGGGGAGAAGAUCCGAUGUGCAGGGACAGAGAGGACUGCUGUUUUAAAAGGGGGCCUGGGGAGACCGUCACCUUCGUGGGCACUGGCCUCCGGAAUGCAUUCUCCAUAUCUCCCCCAUGUCAGUGUUUGGCAUACCGUAGAUGCUCAAUAAAUAGUUGCCGAAGGAACAUGGAGGUUUCAGGCCUAUGGAGGAUACACUAAAGGCCCCUGGGCCCCUCCUCAGUUGAGGUAUGACUGCCCUGUCUGACCAGGGUGGUGCUGAAUUCGUGCUCGCGGCUGCCGGGCAGAGGAAGCUUCUCCAAGACAAACUUUGGUCUCAGCCCAGAGGGCACCUUCUGCAAACAUGUCUGUGGACCCCUUAUCCAGCAAAGCCCUGAAGAUCAAGCGUGAGCUGAGCGAGAACACGCCGCACCUGUCAGACGAGGCCCUGAUGGGGCUGUCGGUGCGCGAGCUGAACCGGCACCUGCGCGGGCUCUCGGCCGAGGAGGUGACGCGGCUCAAGCAGCGACGUCGCACGCUCAAGAACCGCGGCUACGCGGCCAGCUGCCGCGUGAAGCGCGUGUGCCAGAAGGAGGAGCUGCAGAAGCAGAAGUCGGAGCUGGAGCGCGAGGUGGACAAGCUGGCGCGCGAGAACGCGGCCAUGCGCCUGGAGCUCGACGCGCUGCGCGGCAAGUGCGAGGCGCUGCAGGGCUUCGCGCGCUCGGUGGCCGCCACCCGCGGCCCGGCCGCGCUCGUGGCGCCAGCCAGCGUCAUCACCAUCGUCAAGUCGGCCCCCGGCCCGGGCCCCGCCUCCGCCCCCGCCCCCGGCCCCGCCCCCGCCGCCUGCUCCUAGUGCCCGCCCCGCCCGGCCACGCCCAUUCCAGGCCACGCCCCUCCGACCCCCGCUUCCUUCCCAAAGUGCCUAAGCGUGGUCUCUGUCCCUUGGUGCCAUUUCUCUGCAGCCACCAGCUCUUGUGGUGAACACAUGUUCCCUCCCGAGCCUGCUGUCUUCCUCGUUGUAGCCCCUAUAACCGGGACCCAAUAGGUGGCCCUGGGGUGGGGCACCUUUGGUGAGAAUGGUAGGGUGGGGUUGGCGCCUGGGGUCUCUUUUGGCGGAGAGAGUCCUGCCUUCUUGGACUGGGAGGAUGGAAUACAGAGCAGAUUAGAGAAGGGCUGUCGGGGAGAAGAGGGCCACCCCUCAUUGUGUAAACUGUUUGCUCAGAUCGUGCCACAGCCCCGCCUCCCCCCCAGGAUUUAGGACUAUGUCCUCUCCCGGGGCUGAGAAGGGAAGGUCAGUUAACAGAUGGGGACACCGUCCUCCAGCAGACAUGCCAGUGCCCAAGGCCAUCUGGGCUUAGUGGUUGAGCUGGAAAAGCUAGGCUUUCUUACUGCUGCCCCGAGAUUCCAGCCAGGGGAUCCCGCCGGGGGUUGGCAGGGGGCUUGUGGACACGGACUGGAAAGGGUGAUGGAAGGGCCUCCCUGACCCGGGAGCCGCCUCUGUGAGUUAGGGGAAGAGGAGUAGAAGGCCAGAGAAGGUGAUACAGAUGGAAGAGAUGGAAGGAGCUGGCCAGCCAAAGAGAAAGGGGACCAAGGAGGUGACCGCCCACUGUGGCAGGUGGGAAGACAGAUGCUCAAGUCCUGCAGCCAGGGGUGGGGGUCCCGAGAAGGGAAGGGUCCCACCCCUCCCCCUGGGAAUGUCCACCGUGGCUUAGGGGCUGGCCACUGUCAUUGAUUGCCAUUCUCCUGGGAAGCCCAGCCCCAGCCCCAACCCUCCCUGCGCCUCCCUCUCCCCCCCCCCGCCCCACAAUACGGUUGUCCCUCCCCGCUGUUUAUUUAUUGCACCAAUCUAAGUUAUUCUCCCAGCCAGAAACCUAGCACCCACUCCCUGGGAAAAGCGGUGUGUGGCCCUGCGCUGGACUUUAUAUUUUAUAUCUGCAAAUAAAUCACAUUUUAUCUUAUAUUUAGGGAAAGCCGGAUGGCAACGACCAAAAAAUGUUAAAAAAAAAAAAAAACGCAAAAAAUUCGCCCGGCCCCUAGAAUUUAUUUAUUUUCUGACUUACAGUAAGCGACUUAUCCGCCUUCUGUAUUUUGUAGACUUUCUGAAUAAAGUCGAGUUCUCUUUUUCCACGGA